AUGCAGAAUAUUCCUAGUUCCACUAACAGACUUUCGCACGAUGUUAUCCAAUACAUGUGCGAGCAGACCAUCAAGCACAUGCCAGUCCCUGUUGAGAUUAUCACGCUCUACUCGGCACCGAUUGACCUAGCAGCUGCGAAUAAGGCUAAAGAUGUUUUUGUAGAACUGGUAACAGUCUUCGAAAACAACAAUGCUAGAAUCGAGUUGUCGGACCUAAUUUUCAGGGAUGUAUGCGAUGCCAUUGGCAUUUUUGAUAUGUCCUACUCGCCCCGCUUCGUCGGCCCCUUUGUUGGUGCUAUCCUAGCUGGGUUUGUCGGCGUUGCUCAAGUCUAUGCAAACCGUAUGAUCCACCUACCAGACACUGAAGAGUCAUUGGAUGACCCUUACGACCCCCUCAAAUUAGCAGCCCUCUGCGCGAUGCCGUCGGUCGUUAAGAUAUUAUUAGAUCGUGGUUACAAGAGCCGCGAUUCGAUCCACUACGACGGGGCCACGCCCCUUCAUUUUGCAGCUUCCACAAAAAAAGACAACAGUGAGAUCAUUCAAAUGUUGCUUGAUAGCGGAGCGGACGUUAAUCAUCAUACCGUUAAUCAUCGUACCGUUAAUCAUCAUACCCCAUGCGCUGAAACCGCCUUUCAGUGGGCCCUCAAGAAGGGACUAAUGACAACGCAUUGUUUAUGACAAGGUUUUUUUCGGAUAGCGAGUGGCCAGAGAUGGCUGCUAGAUACAUCCCUUAUUUCUUUGAAACGGACAAGUGUUUACCGACUCUCAAAGUCAUGCUCGAGGGAAGGCAGUUCACCGAAAAGCAGAAUGAGUUGAUUGUGUCGCAAAUGAUUAUAAGAGUCGAUGGAAUGACUUAUAUUUACUUUUACGAGUUUUCGACGGAGACCGGAGAGUAUCUUUUUAUGCAUCCCAGUCUUCGAUUUCCGACGGAGAAUGUCGCUUUCAAGAGAGUUGUAAAAAGGUAUAGACGCUAUCCCUACUUUUAUUCCGACUUUGAGGAUCUCAGCGAGGAUAAAAAUGAAAUCUUUCAUAGACGACUGCGCGAUAUUAGGGAACGAUUUCCCCAGACCGCCGAUUCAAAUCAGAAGCCCGUACGAAUAGCUAGCUUACAUUACCUUAGAGUACUCAGUACAUAGCACAGCCCCAGUAUACUUAGAUACCUCAGUGAACUUCAAUAAAACUGUGGCU